UGUCGCCGAAAACAGUCAAACAUUUCAAAAUGGCGUACGAGAAAACCCCUGGUGACCACAGAAGAAAGUGGGAUGCCGAUGAAUAUGAGAAACUUGCUAAAGAAAGAUUGGAGGAGGAGCUGGCCAAGGAGAGUGGGUCAAACGAACGAGAAAUUCCUAUUAAAAGGGAACUUCUUCAACCUAGAGAUUAUAAGGUUGAUUUAGAUUCUAAGUUAGGUAGAUCUCAGGUGAUAACAAAAACAACUCCAGCUUUUCAACAAGGAGGAUAUUUUUGUAAUGUUUGUGAUUGUGUUGUAAAAGAUAGUAUCAAUUUCCUUGAUCACAUUAAUGGCAAAAAACAUCAGAGAAAUCUUGGUAUGUCCAUGAAAAUAGAAAGAUCAACAUUAGAUCAGGUUAAAAAAAGAUUUGAAAUGAAUAAAAAGAAAAAGGAAGAAAAGAAGAAAGAAUAUGAUUUUGAUGAACGAAUGAAAGAAUUAAAAGAAGAGGAGGAGAAACAAAAAGCCUACAAGAAAGAGAAGAGGAAAGAACGAAAGCGUAAAGCAGACACUGAUUUAGAUGAUGGUGAUGAUGAUAUGGCUGCCUUGAUGGGGUUCUCAGGAUUUGGUGGUUCCAAAAAAUGAUAGUGGAAGAAGUUUUGAUUGUAAUUUUGAAAGACUAGAAUUUGUUUUAUUGUGAAGGAUGUCUUGUAUGUAAUUUAGACAGACUAAAAAUAGUUUUGACUGGUUUGUGCUCAGGACAAGAGACAGUGUAGGAUAACUGUGCAAAAAAACAAGGAAAAAACAAACAAUACAGGAAUGUGAAAUCAAAUUUUGUUGCUUCUGAUAUUAAAGAUGUAACGGACA